AUGGCAGCAGUUGAUAUGCAAAUAAGAUCAAAUACAAUACCAGAAAAAACAAAAAAAGAAAAUAAUAAAAAUAAUUCAAACAAAAAUGAGGAAGAAAUACAAUCAGGUAUUAAAACAUAUUAUGAAUUGAAAAUAGAAGAAUAUGAAUCUAUAAUAAAUAAAAAAUUACAAAAUAAAAAGAGAUUGGAAGCACAAAGAAAUGAAUUAAAUACAAGAGUUCGAGAAUUGUGUGAUGAAAUUCAAUAUUUAUUAGAAGCUGCCUCUUAUGUAGGAGAAAUUGUAAAGCCGAUGGGAAAGAAUAAGGUUUUAGUCAAAAUUAAUCCAGAAGGAAAAUAUGUUGUAGAUAUAGCUCGUCAUAUUAAUAUUUCUCAAUGCACACCUAAUACUAGAGUAGCAUUAUAUAACGACUCAUAUAAAUUACAUAAAAUAUUACCAAGUAAAGUGGAUCCACUCGUUUCCUUAAUGAAAGUAGAGAAAGUUCCUGACUCAACAUACGAAAUGGUUGGAGGUUUGGACCAACAAGUAAAAGAAGUGAAAGAAGUAAUUGAAUUACCUGUGAAGCAUCCAGAGAUAUUUGAGUCAUUAGGAAUAUCUCAACCUAAAGGAGUAUUAUUAUAUGGACCACCAGGUACUGGAAAGACAUUACUAGCAAGAGCUGUUGCACACCAUACAGAUUGCACUUUUAUAAGAGUAUCAGGUUCUGAACUUGUUCAGAAAUAUAUUGGAGAAGGUUCUCGUAUGGUCAGGGAAUUAUUUGUAAUGGCUAGAGAACAUGCACCAUCCAUUAUUUUUAUGGAUGAAAUUGAUUCUAUUGGAAGUCAAAGGAUUGAAGGAGAACAUGGAGAUUCAGAAGUUCAAAGAACAAUGAUGGAAUUAUUGAAUCAAUUAGACGGUUUUGAAUCAACACAAAAUAUAAAAGUAAUUAUGUGCACAAAUCGAAUUGAUAUACUUGAUGAAGCUUUAUUAAGACCAGGAAGAAUUGAUAGAAAAAUUGAAUUUCCAAACCCAAAUGUAGAAGCAAGAAUAGAAAUAUUAAAAAUUCACAGUAGAAAAAUGAAUUUAAUGAGAGGUAUUGACAUGGUUAAAAUUGCUACAGAUAUGAAUAACUGCUCAGGAGCAGAAGUAAAAGCUGUAUGUACAGAAGCAGGUAUGUUUGCAUUAAGAGAAAGGAGAGUUCAUGUUACACAAGAAGAUUUUGAAAUGGCUGUAGCAAAAGUUAUGAAGCAAGAUGCUGAAAAAAAUUUUACUUUAAGAAAGUUAUGGAAAUAA